UCUGUGAGAAAGCGGCGGCUAGAAGGAGGAGACAGGAAAAGAAGGAGAGCGAGAGAGGAGCCUAGAGUGCCCUCCUACUUCCGGUUUGGAGCGGAAACGGAAGCUGUCCAGACUCGUGUGGAGGAAUGAGGCGAGCCCAACACGAUGUUGUGUCUCCUGUAGGGAUUCCUCUUCCUGUCACCAUAGAGAGGCACCCGCUGGUCACUUCCUCCCCAUGCUGACGGCCUGCAUCCAGAGGACACCAUGUCGGAUAUCAUUAUCAACCUGGACAGCACCCUUCCCACUACUGGGAAGAAGAACUCUGAGGCAGGUAAUAAGAAGCACCAGCGCUUUAUCCGCCGCCGGCAUUUCUUAGAGAGGAAGGGAUUCCUGAAGCAGAAGCAGAUUCCCAAGCGGGAUGCCUCCCACGGAUGCCCAGGGCUGGACAGGGACAAGAAGAGGCAAAAAUUGGACAGACAGGAUGGGCCUGCUGGCAAGGGACUGAACAGCACAUGCCAGGAGGAGGGCUCAACUUGCAAGCCGAAAACAUUUCCUAAGGGGAAUUCUGCGGCUUGUGGUGCCAAAGAGUCAAGCAACCAGGUCUGCCCGCCAUCCGGGGACAUUUCAUCUUCGGGCAAAACUGGAAGCAGCUCAGCCAGGCACAACGGGACCCCGGGGCCCAACUGCAGCGCAAAGACGCUCCCGAGAGUGGACCUGCUGAGCGAGUAUGAGAGCGGACUCUCCUUGGUCCCUGCAGCCGUUAAACCCAGCAAAAUGGUGGCCAUCGACUGCGAGAUGGUGGGCACAGGGCCCGGCGGUCGGAACAGCGACUUGGCGAGGUGUAGCGUGGUCAGCUACCACGGCGACAUCAUCUACGACAAGUACAUCCGCCCGCCCAGCCCCAUCACCAACUACCGGACAAAGUGGAGCGGUAUCAGGAGGCAUCACAUGAACAACGCUGUGCCCUUCAAGAUUGCCCAGAAAGAGAUUCUUAAACUCCUGUCGGGGAAGAUUGUCAUCGGCCACGCCAUCCACAAUGACUUCAAGGCCCUCAAGUAUUUCCACCCAAAAUCCCUCACCAGGGACACCUCCAAAAUCCCUCUGCUCAAUCGCAAGGCUGGCUUCCCAGAGAAUGAGUCGGCCUCCUUGAAACGCCUCACCAAGCAGCUCCUCCACAGAGAUAUCCAGGUGGGCCAGAAUGGCCAUUCCUCCGUGGAGGACGCCCGGGCCACCAUGGAGCUGUACAAGGUGAUUGAAGUGGAUUGGGAGAGGCACCUGGCCAGCUGCCCACCUCAGGACUGAUUCUCUCCGGAAGCCCUGAGGGACAUUGGCCAAGGAGCUCCCGGGAAAUGGCUUGCCCCGGAGCCCCUGCAGGCAGGGCGGCAGCGCAGGACGGAAGGCCCUGCCAAUCCGAAGAGGGGACGUAGGGUGGGGGGUGGGCAAGGAAAGGGUCCAUUACAUUGUUUCCACCCAAGGCCGGUGUUGGCUUGCUUCUCUGAGGAGCACAAGGCCCAGAAAUCUGCAGCAGUGCUAUCAACCCCUGGGUUCUUUUCCUUGGAGGGAAGGCAUUGCAGAAUCAAACCUGGGUGGACCAGCUACUCCUCUUAACAACCAAUUGUUUUUGGUUCUUAAACAAUCACACAUAAAUGUGGAACAAGGGGACAACCCUUGAACCCAUUUCUCAAGUGCUCUCCUUGGGCUCGCUGAUGCUGAAACGUGCCUGGGAGCAACUCCUUCUGGUGCCUUUGUUUGGCCCAAAUCAGGGCUUGGCCUCCGGCUUCGGUCUCCCUCUGGCUCAAGCUCCCUCCCUUUCAAAAUGGGCUGUGUGGGUAAGCGCCAUAGUUACUUUACUUACUUAGGCGAUCCCUUGUUGUCCGGGAUCCUGGCAGUGGGUAUGGAGGUGACUGGAACCGUAUUCUUCACCUGCAUCUUCUCCCACAGUGAGGGCAUCAAUUUCUAGGUGGAAGGCAUUCCCGGACAGGUUGGCUUGACGCGCUUUCCUCUUGGCACAUUUCUUUCACCCUCUAUUCGUGCCUUUUCAAAUUCUGCAGCACUGCUGGUCACAGCUGACCUCCAGCUAGAGCGCUCAAGGGCCAGGACUUCCCAGUUCCCCCUCGGUGUCUAUGCCACAGUUUUUAAGGUUAUAAUAAUAAUAAUAAACUUUAUUUGUACCCCGCUA